AUGGAAGAGCCCGACGCCAUCAAGGAGGUCAUCCGAUACUCCGAUAAUUCACACAUGGUCCUUACCACGUCCGGUGAGAAUUAUAUAGUGACUUACCCGGGCAAAGUGAUUACUCAGAAAUUCACAUCAUCGACAAAUUACUCGUUUUCGACACCGCACAAGACACGAUAUAGUCAAAAAGUGUUCUGCAUCAUAUCGGAGGUCGCGGUGACAUUUUAUUCGAACGAAGAGGGAAGACUUCUUCCACAAGAGACGAUAUAUCAGGAGUCGCUCUCGUCGUCGUAUUUCAACACAAAAGUCAUCAUCACCGAUGUCUGUUUCUGUGACAGUAGUGUAGUCCUCGCAACAACUUUUGGCAUUGUCAUCUUUGCAAGUUACCCCACACUUAAAGAGAAAUUCACUAUUCAAGUCACACUCAACCCACUUGCCGCAGUCGCUUACAACACAACAAAUGGCGUCCUCUACACAAUCGACGACAACUUUGUUUUCUAUGCAAUUCAAUUGGACAAAGAAACGUUUGAAGUCACUGAAUUACUCGCAAAAAAAAGUCUGAGUGAGUACAUUUCUUUUGUUGACACAGAGGACAUUACAAUUUCUAUAACAACAAAUGGGUGCAUUAUAGUCACUGAUCAUAAAGUCUACCAAUUCUGGCUUCAAAGCAAAAAAUGGUUCUGUUAUCCCCUCUCUGGAAUCCUCGACUACAAAAUCACUGAGUCUGGCAUCUUCUUCCUGACUGAGUCCAGCGUGUUUCAGUAUCAACCUCGCACCUCAGAGCCACGUAGAGUCGCGUUUCUAACAACACCAACGCAUUUUUCUCUUUUUAUAGGACUGUCCGUUGCGACAUACCCCUCCUCCAAAUUUGAUGAUAUUUUCAUCUCCAAAUUACUCAUCCCAAGUCACGAAGAAGAGGCGGAAAGCGCCUCUUCAAAUGUACUCAAUGAACUCUCCGAACACUCGUACUUAUACAACGACGACAACAUUCAGCGACUUGUUUUUGGUGAGGCGGUGUAUCGCGCAAAUAAACAGCCUAUCUACUUUACAAUAGAAGACAUUCGGUCGCAUGACAUUUCUUCCGUCUUUUCAAUGACUUUCACAAAAGAAGGAAAUUUUGUGUGUUUCAGUUCGACGGGAGAAAUCUACAAAUACGAGCAACCGCUUGCUGGCGAUCUUACAGCUACAAUGGUCGUCAGAAUUCCAGUGAUGGUCACCACACUACCGGAAUUUAACAUCGACGAGUUUGGAGAGUUGUGCGCCUUCACUACGCAAGACACCGUCGGUGUUGUCAACUACAACACCCCAACCAUUCAAAGGUGCGUUUGGAAGGGCAACGACGAAACAGUGUUUCCAACGUGUAUCUGCGCUAGUGAGGAGACUGGAAAGGUCGUUGUUGGAUUUUCAAAUGGAGUUGUGGGCCAAUUUGACAAGGAAGGUGAGAUGAGCGAAGUGUGGAGACAUAAAUACCCGGUACGCGGUGUCGGGUUUUUUGAUACAAAGAGCGUCAGCGUCGACGAGAAUGGAGAAGUCAUCAUCGGAAGUGAACAAAGCGACUUGGGGUGUUUUGUACAGACAGCAGAAAUCAGAUUUGGGAAGUUACUUGUAGUGACGCGAAAUCAAGUUUUGUUGUUUGACGAUAAGUUGCGAAUUGUGGCGGAUUAUGCUGGAAGAGAGGGGAUUGUGCAGGCAAAGUUUUCAGUUUGUUAUUAUUUAUAG